CGCAGGUUGGCAUGACGCUGCUGGCGCUGUGAGUCAUUGCACAUGCGCAGUGGCCGCUCCUCUCUGUGGCCUGGCGCGCUCCCUCCUCGCUUGCAGUGUGCGGCGGAUUCAAUGAGUGACCGGCGGGGGAGCUGAGAGCGAGGCCCGAGCACUAGGCACAGGAGGUGACAUUACUGCACUUGGUGUGAUUUUUGUCUGGCUUAUGUACCAUGGCGACCGAGGAGAAGAAGCCAGAGACUGAAGCUUCUAAAACGCAAUCCACUCCUUCAUCCUCCACAAACCAGAGCAAGUCAGCUCCAGUGAAACCUAAUUAUACACUAAAGUUCACGUUAGCUGGGCAUACCAAGGCCGUGUCUUCCGUCAAGUUUAGCCCCAACGGAGAGUGGCUGGCCAGCUCAUCUGCUGACAAACUAAUCAAAAUAUGGGGGGCAUAUGAUGGCAAGUUUGAGAAGACCAUUUCAGGACAUAAGCUGGGUAUAUCAGAUGUUGCCUGGUCUUCCGAUUCCAAUCUCCUGGUUUCUGCCUCAGAUGACAAAACUCUAAAAAUCUGGGAUGUCAGCUCGGGAAAAUGUUUGAAGACCCUGAAAGGCCACAGCAACUAUGUCUUCUGCUGCAAUUUCAACCCACAAUCUAACCUCAUUGUGUCUGGGUCUUUUGAUGAAAGUGUCCGGAUAUGGGAUGUGAAGACGGGGAAGUGCCUGAAGACGUUGCCUGCCCACUCUGACCCCGUCUCAGCUGUGCACUUUAACCGUGACGGUUCCCUCAUUGUGUCCAGUAGUUAUGAUGGACUCUGCCGAAUUUGGGAUACGGCAUCUGGUCAGUGCUUAAAAACGCUCAUUGAUGAUGAUAACCCUCCAGUGUCGUUUGUGAAGUUCUCGCCAAAUGGCAAAUAUAUCCUAGCGGCCACUUUAGACAACACGCUUAAAUUAUGGGACUACAGCAAAGGGAAGUGCCUGAAAACAUACACAUGUCAUAAGAAUGAGAAGUAUUGCAUAUUCGCCAACUUCUCUGUCACUGGAGGCAAGUGGAUUGUAUCCGGCUCUGAGGAUAACUUGGUGUAUAUCUGGAACCUUCAGACCAAGGAGGUCGUGCAGAAACUACAGGGACAUACAGAUGUCGUCAUUUCAACAGCCUGUCACCCUACAGAAAACAUCAUUGCUUCAGCUGCACUAGAGAACGACAAGACCAUUAAAUUGUGGAAGAGCGAUUGCUAAAUCCCCCUCAUUAGACUAUAUCCUCCAGAGGCCUCUAAACCCCCUGGGACACAAUCCUGUAAAGUGUGAAUCAGGAGUCUGAAACGUAUUGAUUGUGAAAUUUAGAACAAAGAAGGAAUAUCUCACAGCCUCUAAUGUAUUAUUUUCCAAUCAGCGUUCUAACUUGCCAGCAACAUUUCAUCCGCCGUCUCCAUGCCAACACACACCAAAGUUUGCUUGUUCUGUCCACUCUUAACUUACAUUCUUUUGGUCCAAAGAUGUCGACAAGCAGCGAAUGAGCUUGCAGUAUCAGGUUUUUCUGCUCCUGUCCCUCACUUUUGCUAUUUUUUUUUAAUUAUUAUUUUAAAUGAUUGUAUCCCUCAUUUGGACAAGUAAUUUGAUCGAUUUUAAUUAAAACAGUUCCGAUAGCUGUCAGAUCUUUAACCUGCACUUACUGGGGGAUUGGAUGCGCUCACAGAUCUUGUCGUUUUACAAAUUUUGCAAAAGAGGCUUUAACCCAUGAAUUUCUUUUCCAGUCAAAUUCAGUUCAGCUGUUGUGACCAAAUGAGGUUGCUGGUAUCACAGUUGAGUCUUCUCGCCAGGCAAACCUGUGGUUUCUGUAGGUGUAUAGUUAAGUGUUUUGUUGCUAUGUGUUAUUACUACAGAGCCAAUUCUGCAGCCUUUCAGUGGAGCAGUGUGCACAGACUGCUCCACAUGACCCCUCAGCUGCCACCAGCUUUUGGCACUGGAGGGGAGAUCGCGUCUCCUGUGUGUUGAUUUUAUUGCCCAUCCCCCCUUGUUUUUUUUUUUUUUAUUCCAUCUUUUUUUUUUUCUUCUGCUGGGUUAUUUAAGGGUGGGAAUGGAAGGGUGAAACAUUACAGAUUUUGUUGUAAAAAAAAAAAUAAAAUAAAAAAAAUUUCAGUGUAAAAAGCAGCGCUGUUUUGUAUUUUGGAAAUUCAUAGUAUUGUAUUGCUUAUGGCAUGAGUCUGUAUUCAGAUUUUGUUUUUUAUAUUUUUGUCAAAUUUUUUUUUUUUUUUCUUUCUGACAACAUACAGAUCCAUAAGCUGUAAUAAAGAGGUGGGUUUUUACGUGA